AGUGUCAUGGAUGUGGAGUGCAUACUUGUAAGGAUGGCAGCAAGUAUGUGGGGGAGUUCAAGUGGGGUGUCAAGCAUGGGCUUGGUCAUUACCAUUUCAGAAAUGGAGACAUAUAUUUUGGGGAAUAUUUUGCUGACAAGAUGCAUGGUUUUGGAGUUUAUCAAUUUGGAAAUGGACACCGAUAUGAGGGAGCCUGGCAUGAGGGAAGAAGGCAGGGAUUUGGUACAUAUACUUUCAGAAAUGGUGAGACACAAUCUGGUCACUGGCAGAAUGGGGUUCUCGAGAUUCUUAGCGCACAAAACACCCAUCUUGGAUCCCCCUAUGCUGUCACUCAAUCCAGAGUCCUUAAUGCUGUUCAGGUAUCGUUCGUAUCAUUGUCUGGCCUCUAUCUGGCUUCACUAACAGUUGAUAUAUCAUUCCUUUGCUCUUUGCAUAAAACUUUCUGCCUGAAUACCAACAAGUUCACCUGAAAAUACACCAAAUUUUAUAGUUAAAAAUGAGGCAAGAUCAGUUUCCUAAGAAAACACAAAAGACCAAUAAAAAUUGCAAAAUAAUCAACCUCACAUUAAUACUCCGCCAACCAGACACAUAAUAAUUCAUUCUAGAGAUGCAAUAACCACCAUUAAGCUGCUCUUUACACUGAUCAGUUUAGUAAACUUUCAAGCCAAUGUGCAAGCACUAGAUUAGAUUGAUGCACAUUACCAUGCAAUUGAACAAAAUGUUGCAACAUGGUGGUUUAUAAUAAUAAUGCCACAUGAUAACUUCCAUUGUAUUUGUCAUACCACGGCAACAGUGGUGACUUAGAUGUCAAUUGAAAUGCUACCCGCAAUUGAAAAUCGUAAGUCUUCUAGCUACUGUAUGUUAAGUCAAUUUUAGAGUGCUCAGUAGCUAGUUUUUAAGUUUACAGAAGUGUUGCAAACAAACUGCAGUAGAAUUGGAAUCGGAUUGCAGUUGAAUUGCAUGAAAUAUGGCAUUGCAUUGUACUAGUAGUGUCAAAAAGAAAAUGUCAGUAAAAUCAUGUGCUGCUCUUAGAGCAAAUCAAGUACUUCCAUAGCAACUGUAGAAGAAACCACCCAAAAGACAAACACAUAGAAAGAAAUAAUGGAAUUUGAAAGACAAAAUACUACCACGUUCAUGCAGGGCCUAUUGAAUGGAUAGAUUGAUCAGUGUCUCGGAAACAGCUCCAUCGAGGGUAAAACCCUUCUUCAUCAUUUGAUCCCAUACUUUGCAAGCCUUAGAGAGCUUCUUUUCCCGUAUGAGCCCUUCAAUUAUCAAUUUGAAAGUUACCUCAUCUGGAGAGAAUCCUUUGGUCUCCAUUUCCUCGUAUAGAUGUUUGGCUUCAGUUACUCUGUUAGACUUGCAAAACUCGUUUAAUUAUGAGGGCAUUGUAUGAAAUCACAUCAGGAUUGAGCCCCUGAAUUAUCAUGUCAUCUAAAUUACUGACUUUCCCACUUUUGCAAAGAUGGUCAAUAAUUGUAGUAA